GACGCUCGGCCAGCGCUGCUGCUGCUGUUGCUGUUUGGGACACAGACAGUCUCACAGAAAACAUGGCGGAGGCUGCGGCGGUCCCUCCGCAUCGCUUCUUCUGUCACUGUUGUAAGGGUGAAGUGAGUCCCAAACUACCGGAGUAUAUCUGUCCCAGAUGUGACUCGGGCUUCAUCGAGGAGGUUACAGAAGACUCCAGCCUUCUGGACAACAGUUCUAAUGGCCUUGACGACACAAGUUCACAGUUUGCUGAGCUAUGGCAGCUGUUGUUCGUGGAGCGGCCGUUUGGUCUGGAUCUGGACAGUCUUGACUCUGAGCGGCUUCCAGGAGGGGGCAGUGGGUCUGGGGGUUUCGGAGCAGGACCGUUUGGUGGGUCUGUCCCAGGUGGGCUCGGUGGGCCUCUGGGUGGUCCACUAAGUGGAGGAGAGCACUGGGGUCCGGGUCGUCCUCCUCGUCUGCACACUCAGAGGAGAUACAGAUCUAGAGGAAGCAGUCGACCAGAUCGCUCGCCUGCUGUUGAGGGAAUCGUACAGCAGUUUCUCGCAGGCCUUUUUGCCAAUUCAGGAGUACCAGGCUCUCCUCCAAUGUCAUGGACAAGCAUGCUGCACUCAAACCCCGGGGAUUAUGCGUGGGGCCAGGGUGGUCUGGAUGCAGUCAUCACACAGUUAUUGGGUCAGUUUGAGAACACAGGUCCUCCUCCUGCGGAGAAAGAGAAAAUCUCCUCCCUCCCCACUGUUAUCAUCACUCAGGAACACACUGACUGCAAUAUGGAGUGUCCUGUAUGUAAGGAAGACUAUACGGUCGGUGAGCCGGUCCGGCAGCUGCCCUGUAACCACAUCUUCCAUAGUGACUGCAUCGUGCCCUGGCUAGAACUGCACGACACGUGUCCUGUGUGCAGGAAGAGUCUGAAUGGGGAGGAAAGCGGCACUCAGUCCUCAUCAGAGCCUUCCUCUUUAAACACUGAUCCUCGCACACCGGAGAGAUGGUCCUUCUGAAACACACACACACACACACGCGUCCGCCUGUCUCAUCCGAGCUCUCUGUCUUAACCCAAGAUUGUUUGUCUCUCUCUCCCCAAUUGUUCUCUACUUUUGCGUUAUCAUCCCACCACACUGAUGUAUUUUUACUAUGAUUUGUUUACUACUUUCUCGAACACAAUCCGUCUGGAGUUGUGUUUAUCCCAAUGUUUCUGUUUCUUUCCCAUAUUCUCAGGCGCCUUUGAUUCCUUCAGUGCUUUUACUUUUUCCCUACCUGAGUGAACAAACACACCGCGCAGGAUGAGGCACGUUGAUUUGGGCACAUGUUGUUGCUAAAGCAGCUCAACUCUGAACCCACAUUUAGUUUGUACAGCAUUGGGAGCUGUACAGCGGGUAGCGCCUCUUAGCGUCCAAUGUGAAUUCUCCUUGGGACGGGCUGCCGUGUCUGUGCGGUUUAUAAACUUUGCUUUACUUCCCCAGUCCUUGCGUUCUUAUUUUCACCUCCGUUUGUCCAGGAGAUCAUGAAGUUUUGUCUCUUUCUCCUCUUUGAUGUGUGUAUAUAUCACAGACCCAUCGAUGUCCAUCAGUUUAAUUCGAUUACUUUCUUUUCACUCUCAUUUCUAUUACAGUUUUUUCUAAUGUAAAUAAUUUUAGUUGGAAAACUCAUUAAGGAAGACAAAAAAGAGGGAAAAAAAACAUUGAUGAUGAAUCGCUAAAUAUUAAAGUAUAUAAAUAUAUAUUAUAUGAUGUGUAUGACCAUGAUGUAUUAAUAAUAAAACUGAAUAAAAAACAGGAGAUAUGUUGACCUUGGUAUGACAUGCGAUCGACAGCUGCAGUCACACCUUCCUAUUGCAUUGAGGGUUUUUUUUUUUUGACAAACAUCAUAAAGAAACAUCUUUUAAAUCCCGCGUUUAUUUGGUUUUUAAUUCACAGUAUCGUCAGUGCAAGAAUGUUGAUACAUCAAGCUUUUUCAGGGAUGUUAGAAGAAUUACUUAUUAUUACGAGACUCAAAAUUUGCUGAGAGCAGCUUGUCUUGUGCUGGGUUCACACUACAAAUGCUAAUUUAAGGAUUUAUGCGAAUAGAUUACAUACACAAUUAAUGUGCAGAGUUCACCUCAAUUGCGUCUUCUUGACUUGAAAAUUUACUAUAAAUUACUGUAGUAUUUUUCAUGCAGGAGUAUACACUUCACAUUAUUAAAUACCUGUCCUGCUCUUUUCCCUUUAGAAUGUUUCCUGUAUUUCUUUUAAAAAAGAAUGCCUUUUUAAUCUGAUAUGUGAUAUCAAAUAUAAAAAUAUAUAAAAAGGUGGUUUGAAAUAGGGCUGCACAAUAAUGAAAAUCGCUGAUAUUGUGAUAUUUUACUUUACUGCGAUAAAUAUUGCAAUAUGAAUAGUUUCACAUGAUAGUUUGAAUAGUACAAUUUGACGGUUUCCUGUGGAGUCCCAACAGUAUUCAGGUACAGAAAUUGAAAAAUCACAAUGCGAAACAAUGCUUUUCUUUCUUUUGUCUAAUUUCUAGUCCAAAUAUCACAAAAUUCUCAGAGCAAGUAAAACUAUAGAUUGGUUUUCACCUUCAGAAUAAAUAAGUAAAAAUGAAGAGUUUUUUCUGCCAGUGGGGUAAGCUAAAUAAUCUUGUUUUCGUAAUACUGUUGCUUUGAAAUGCAGAUAUUUGGACUAGAAACAAGACAAACUAUUUUUUAGUGAUUAAAUACAAUUCUGUAGCUCCUGGUCAACUAUAAUUCAGGCUCACAUUGCAAUAUUGAUGCUGAAAACGAUAUAUUGUUCAGCCCUAGCAAAACACCAGCAAAGAAACUCGACACAGAGGAACAUAAACACCUACUGCCAGCUAGUGUUUCGGAAGUGUUAUUGCAGAGCAACACAAACAGCACGCAGAAGUAUAAAUGCAUGGCUAUGCGCAAGGCAUGCGCCGUGGGUCACGCUGAUAACGACACAGAAGUAUCAACCAGGCUCAUACUUAGUGUUGCUCUGCAAUAACACUUCUAAAACACUAGCUGGCAGUACGAGUUUAACUUCCUCUGUGUCGAGUUUCUUCUGGUGUUUUGUUUUUUCUGAAUACUACCUUAAUGUACAAGUGGCUCAAACUCGCUCAUUUUGAGGAGGGAAUCGGCGGACAUGCAACAACUUUAAUCAUAAGGUAAACACAAAACAACAGUCUCCAUCUGGAGCUCCUUCACGGGACUCCACACUUGUAAACACUCACUCCAUCAGGCUCGCACGGCUCUCAGCCCUGCCCGCACUCGUCAGCGCUACCAAGCAGACCAAUCGCAGAGCUUGCAUUAUGCGUCGUUGCGAAGUGUAGUUAUAUUUUUUGAGAGGUCAGCGUCUGAGACAGGCUUUACAACCACGCGCAGGCUGCUGCACUUGACGCAGAAGUAUGAAUCAGCCUUCAGCCAACAAGCCAGAUUUUUACACUCAGUGUACAGUGACAUUUAUUUUGAAGUAUUUUGUUCAUACUCUACUCAAUGUGGUAGAAAAACACACAAAAAAUUUGGAUCCUUUACAAGUUAGAGGCAUUUUGGUGGUAUAAAGCACAGGAUUGUACAGCCACCCCCUUGGCCAACAGUAAUGGUCUAAUGAUAAUUCUCAGCAGCCAAUCACGUUCGUGUGUUCAAGCUGGCCUAGUAGCUGGGGCUUUUAAAAUCUCACAAACUGAAUUAUAUGUGUUGUUUGCAAGUAGUUUACUCAUACAUUGGUUGACUUUUCAUGCGUAAAGUAACAACACAAUCUUGAAGAUCUCAAAUUUGCACAUUUUUGAACUUUCUUCCCAUAAAUAUUCGAUGUGUAAUCUAGAGCAAGUGACAGGCUGUUUGGUGUCUGGUGUGAACCCAGCAUUAGAGAACCCAGCAUUAAAGCAAAAUGGAUUUUCGAUAAAAAAAAAAUCACUAUUGACUCCGUAUUGAAACGAUUUAAUUGCAAAUCAUGGUUGUUAAGCUUUCGGACCUUACUGGCUUAAGGCAUGACUGAAACGAUUGGAGUUCCUCAUUAAGGUGCUUAUAUGGGUUACUGACCCAGAUUUCAUUUAGUGUCUGUUCCACAGUAGCGUGAGAAUGGAGUGAGGUGGAGCACUUCCUUGCAAAAAGCCCACCGUUUGAUCCCAGACUUCAAACUGCACCUCCUCUUCAGACCUGCAGUUUGAUAAAGAGUUAAUAUCAGGUUGAUUUCAUCAGCUUAAAUGGACAGUGAUGAUGUGACAGUUUUUACCUGUUUAGAAUGAUUAAUACUGCUGAGGCGUCAGGUCUGAUGAAUGCAGACAUUUCUAGGCUGGUCUGCUGACUGAAGGACACGCCCACUCGCUGAGACUCCUCCCAUAGGAACUUGCUGUCAGUUUUAAAGGUACAAAGA